AUGAAGAAACUUUUUGUAACUUAUGAUUCUAGAACCUCGGGACCUUCUCCCGCCAUACAACUUCUAGCGCGCUUCAAGGCGUUCCUCCUGAAGUCCAGCAGCAAAACCAACGGCAACGUCUAUGACCACCUGACGCAAGUGCUGGUGAAGAUCAUUGAGGAGCGUCCGGCGGAUGCGGUGGACGUGAUUGAGGACAUUAGCCACAACGUGAAGCGGGCGCUGUACGUGGACUCGCAGAGCACUCUGAGAGACCUGAGCGAGGAGACACCAGUGGAGACCAUGGCCCAGCAACAACAAGACCUGUUCAAGCUACUACCAGAGGGCGACCAGGAGUAUGAGCUGGUAACCAUGACUACACUGAUGAAGUCUCUCCGUCUCCAGAUUCCUCACAGGUCACAUCAGACUGUCACGGUGAAGAAGAUGACAAGAGCCCGCCCUUCCCAACCUGCCGGAGAGAUCAUCGGGACGGAGAGGAACUACCUAAUCGCGGAGGCCGAGUACAGAGAAGGAGAAGAGGAGGAGGAGCAGAACGCGGAGGAGGCGCCUGGAGAGGAGCAGGAGAAACAGGACACAGAGAUGGACUCCCUCCCAAAGUGGACUUACAAGCCCCCGCCGGUGGUUCCCACGGAGGCCGUAGGGACAGGGACCAACAGAUACAUGUACUUUGUGUGUAACGAGCCGGGCCUGCCCUGGACGAAGCUUCCCACGGUAACUCCGGCUCAGAUCACAACCGCACGACUCAUUCGCAAGUUUUUCACCGGGAGACUGGACGCUCCCAUCGUCAGCUGCCCCCCUUUCCCCGGCAACGAGAGCAACUACCUGAGAGCCCAGAUUGCCCGCAUCUCCGCUGGGACUCAGGUGAGUCCACAGGGGUUCUACCAGUUCAGAGAGGAGGAGGGGACGAAGGCAGAGGAAGAGGUGCCCCAGGACGGCUACGAGGUCCACCCAGAGUUUGAAGGCGUCGCAGCCGUGAAGCUGGCAGAGUCUCUGUCGGCCUGGGUCCAUCACACACAGCACAUUCUGAAGCAGGGUCGCUGCAUGUGGGUGAAUCUCACGCUCAAAAACACGGAGGAGGAGGAGGAGGGGGAGGAGAGAGAGGAAGCAGAGCCAGAGCUGGGGCCUCCGCUGCUCACACCACUGUCCCAGGACGAAGAGGGGUUCCAGACGCUGCCCUGGACCCUGAGGAUGUCGUCCCGUCUGACCCCAGAACCCGCUCUGGCUUUUGUUCGGUCCAACUUGUGGCCUGGAGCCUACGCCACGGGAAAGAAGUUUGAGAACGUGUACGUGGGCUGGGGGCUGAAGUACACGGCGCAGAGCUGCAGUCCCCCGGUGCCGCCGCGGCCUCAGAGAGAGUACCUCACCGGACCGGACGUCAUGGAGGUACCAGACCCCACGGUGGAGGAGGAGCAGGAGGAGCGAAGCUUUUUCAGAAAGAAGCUGAGCUUGGCCUGGAGGAUAUUCAAGAGAGACCGAGAGUGUAAGCGCUGGCUGUACACAGUUCUGAUAUUAACGCUGUAUCUACUCGUGGUUCUGUUGAUCUUUCUGAUUUAA